AUGGAAAAUAAAUUUCAUGAGUGCCUUGUUGAAUCAAAAAACAGUUAUAUUAAAUCAAGAACCCACAUGAAAGUGUUGCUAUUCUCUUAUUUUUGUUUCUUUGUAUAUACAUGGUAUAUUAAUAUAGUGUGUGUGUAUCCUUUAAAAUUUAGUAACACGUAUUUUAUUUAUUAUUUUAUAUUACAAGGUUUAGGGGGGUUAUUCCUUGGGUUUCUAUCAGAUAUAUAUGGAAGAAAAAUAUGUUUAAAUAUAUCUUUUUUUAUAUUAUUUAUAAUUUUUAUUGUUUCUUUUAUUACUAUAAAGACAUCCUAUUUUUUGUUUUAUGAUAGAGUACCUGCAACAAAUGGAAAUGAGAAGGGACUAGAUUUACUCUUUUAUAGUAAUGAGCCUCAUACAAAUAUAAAUACUUAUUAUAAUCAAAACAAACAACCAAAUAAUCAAAAUAAUAAUAAUAAUAAUAAUAAUAAUCUUUAUAGUAGUAAUAAUAAUUUAUAUGUUAAUUAUAAAGAUGUAUAUAAUUUCUUAAUAAAUUAUGAACAAGAUAUAAAAGCAAAUGAUGAAUAUAUUAAGAGAGACAUCAAUCUUAAUGAUCAUCCUAAUAAUAAGAAUAAUCUUUAUAUUAAUCUAAAUAAUGUUGGAAGAAAUGAAAAUAUAAAUGUUGAAAAUAAUUAUAUUAAUAAUGAUCAGAUUGAUAAUACAAACAAUUUAAUUAUAAAUAAUAAAAAGAAAAAAACAAAUAAAAAGAGCUACAACAGAGUGGGAUAUUCCUCACACACAUAUAAAAAUAUUAACACAGAUAUGUAUAAUGAUAUAUAUAAUGAUAUAUAUAAUGAUACAUAUAAUGAUACAUAUAAUGAUACAUAUAAUGAUACAUAUAAUGAUACAUAUAAUGAUAUAUAUAAUGAUGAUAAUAAAAAAAUUGAUAAGUACAAUUAUGAAGAUGAUAAUUUUGUUUAUCAUCCUAACUAUAAUAUAAAUUAUUAUGAAAAAUAUUUUAAAAAUAAAAAUGACUACAAUAAAAAUAAGAAAGAAAAAAAAUAUUAUGAUGAUGAUAUUAUUACACAAGCAAAUAGCAACUUAAAUAUUUAUGAUGAGGGUUAUAUUAAAAAUAAAAUAUCUCAAGAAGAAUUACAACAAAUUAUUUUAGAUAUAAUGAAUAAAACAUUAGAAAGUAUUAAUAAGAAAUAUAUAUUAAAAAAUGAUAAUACAUUUAUUAGUUUUAUGAAAAUAUGUAUAGAAAAUAAUAUAAAUAAUAAUAAUAAUAAUAAUAAUUUGAUGGAUAUUAUUAAUGAUGCAUAUAAAUUUGAAAACGAUAAUGUUACUAUUCUUAAAAAUACUCAUAAUAAUAAAACAUCUAAUCAUACUUCAAAUAAUUUAAGAAACAAAAAAAUUAAAAUAAUUACAUCUAUAAUUAAUAAUAAUAUAAGUAAUCUACAAGAAAUAUGUAUUAACCAAAUGAUAAAUAUAUAUAGAAUCUUUAAAAAAAUGAAUUGUUUCAAUAAAGAAAAUACAAAUCACACACACAAUAAUUAUAAUAAUAAUAAUAAUAAAUAUAAUUAUGAUGAACAAGAUAUAUAUAGUAUUCAACGUUGUGUCGAAUACAUAAAUAAUAAUAUCAUAAAACAUAAAAAUUAUAAUAAUCAAACAGCAUUAUUAUAUGAAAACAAUAUAAAUAAUAAUAAUAAUAAUCUAUUAUCUCAAUAUUCAGAUGAAGAUAAUGAUAUUAAUAAUAAAGAAAAUUAUAUUCUAUAUUUUUAUAAAAUUAUUUUUUAUAUUAUUACUUGUAUCAGUGGUUUAUUUAUUAAAGGUAUUAAUAAUAUCUUAUGUUUAAUUAUCACAGAAAAUAUUAACUCUAAAUAUAAAACUAAAGCAGUAUGCUUAAUAUUUAUUUUAGAAAACAUAUCUUUAAUUAUUAUUCGAUCAUUAUUUUAUCUUAAUGUCUUUAUAAAUAUAUUUUAUUUAUACAAAAUAAAUCUAGCAGUAUGCUUCUUCUUAAAUAUAUUAAAUAUUUUCAUAUUAAACAAAUACUGUAAUCAACUUAAUAUACCCGUUCUAGAAAUUCAAAAAAAUAUAUUACAAAAUUUUUAUUCGCAAAAAAAAAAUGAUUGCAAAUCAUUGGAAGAUAUUCAAGCUAACAUAUCACAUAACAGUUCAUACAACCAAAAAAAUAGUAAGAAUAAUAUGUCUUUUAUCCUAAGAAAUGAUGAAAAUAUAAAUGAUUCCAUGAUAUAUACCAACAAUCAAAACAUAAAAAAUGAAGCAAGCAAUAAUAAUAGUAAUUAUAAUAAUAAUAGUAAUUAUAAUAAUAAUAGUAAUUAUAAUAAUAAUAGUAAUUAUAAUAAAAGAGAUAUAAGAUUGGAUCUUAAUCAUAUAAAUCAAAGCAGCCAGAGUAGUAGCCCUCAUGAUAGUCAAGACGAUAAUUGUAGCGAUUCAAGUGAAGAAGAAGAAGAACAACAACAAGAACAUCGACAACAACGACAAUAUCUUAAAGAACAAACAAAAUACAAUAUACAAAAUAACAAAUCAUUGAAGAAAGAAAAAAAAAAAAAGAAAAAAAAAAAAGAAAAAAAAAAAAAAAAUAUUUCAAGUGAUGAUUCUAUGAAAGAUCUUUCCUUUGAUGAAUUACUAGAAAAUAAUUUCCAAAGAUCAAAAAAGAAAAAUAUGAAUGAAUCUGAAAAAAAAUUAUGUUCAAAUACAUGUAUAAAUUAUAAUCAUAUAUUAAAUUGUAAUAUUAUUAAAGAUACAGAAGAGAAUAUAUUUAUAGAAAAAAUAAAAGAUAGUAAAGAAUUUAUAGAAUAUAAAGAAUAUCUUAAAAAUAAUAAUAUAUUUAAAAUAUAUAUGAAAUGGUUAUAUUAUACAUUAAAUGCACAUAAAUAUUUAAUUAUAUCAUUAUGUAUAUUAAAUUUUUUAUUUAAUUUCUUAUAUAUUAGUUUCUUUAUUAUAUAUAAUAUAUUUAUAUAUGAUAUAAAGAAUGUUUCUAAUUUCUAUAAAAUAAAUGAUUUAUUUAUAAUUUUAAAUUCUGUAAUACUUAUAUUUUAUAUAUUCUUAUAUUUCUAUUUACAUCGUAUUAUAUUAAAAAUAUUAAAUCUAUUUGGAUAUUUAUUAAUUACAUUUGUAUCUUUUUCACUUAUAUUGUUUUUAUAUUCAACAUCAUAUUUUCAUAUUUCUUUAUAUGAUAAUACAUAUAUUAUAUAUACUAUUAUAUUCUAUCUAUUUUUGUUUAUACCUAAUGUAUCUUUAUUCUUAUUUUCUAUUAAUUAUUUUCAUACUAUAUAUAAAGGAUUCUUCUUAGGUCUAUUCACAUUAAUAGGAAAUCUUGGAUUUGUAUUCUAUGCUAUACUCAGAUUUACAAUACAACAGAAAUAUAUGACACUCUAUAAUUUAAUAUUCUCAUGUGUUAUUUGUAUUAUAUCAUGCAUUUUUAUUAUUCUCUUUAUUCCUCAAAUUAAUUCAACCAUAGAUUUUCAUAUUGUAGAUAAUUCCUAUUUUAAUCAUUUCUUAUUAUAUAGAUAUAAUAAAAAGAAGGUAUCACCUCUAUUUACCUCACUAUCUUUUUCAUAUGAAAUGCACGACAAAUGA